CGGAGCAGUUCCUCAGCCCCUACACUAGGUACCUGAGGUAUCUACUCCGGAGUACCUGUCUAACCUUCCUACCUGCCCACCUAGUAGCAGUGUAGGUGCUACCUAGAACGACUGGUACUUAACUAAUUACCUACCUUACUUACCCACUUACCGACGGUACCUACUUCAGGUAUCCCUAGGGACUACUACCUACCUACCACGGCCAUUUUAUCUACUACCAGGUAGUAGUUGACCAAGAUACCUAGAGGUAUCCGAGUCACAGAUCUGGAAGAAACCGCGGGUUUGAGCACCCGUUCACUUGCCAAUCAAUCCUCUGUACCCCCACGGCUUGGCUUGUCGAUGUUGCUGGUCUGAAACAUAACCAACAUUUUCUCAAGAUGGAAAUGAAUAGAUCUUCCCGGCCAAAGAUUGCUUGCAUCAGCGUAAUUGGGAAAGCUGAUAAUCCUCUCCUCACCUCCCUCUUUCCGCCUUAUCUCGGUUCAAGCAUUGAAUUCUCACUUCUAUUGAAUUCGUGCCUUGACGUAUUUGAAAUACGUCAGAAGCAAACCUCCGUGGAUCAGGAUUUAGGCUUGUUGCACGCCGUGGAUGAGCGAUUAGCAGUAUAUGGCUGGCUUACCACGACCGGAGUCAAACUGCUUGUUGUGGUGGACCUAAUAGGGCAGGCCGUUUCUCCUAAUGACGAAGGCCGCCAAAUUUUGGCAGGAAAUGGUGUGAAAGAAUCGGAUAUGAAGCCGGUCUUCCGAGCUUUGCAAAUGGCCUAUAUCCAACUCCUACAAAACCCGUUCUAUUCCCCUGACGCCUACGGUCAACUAGCGAAAACAUCUUCUGCGGCGUCAGAUUCAUUGCCUAUUACAAAUUCAAAAUUUAUCGCGGAAGUAAAGCGUAUAGGAGAAUCAUGGGUGCCGGGUGCAGUCUCACUGUGAACCAAGCCAUUUCGGUGCUAUGCAGAUGGUAGGGACUAAUUUUCUAGUCUCCGGUCCCCUUCUCUCUGGAGGAAGUAGGUCCUUGAAUUUAUGAACAUCCUCUUACUUUUCAAAAAGCCAGCGUUGAAAUUCAAUGGACUGAAUAAGACAUGAAACUACGUCAGGUGUAGGUAUGGUCUAAGUUAUAGGCCAAACGGUUUCCAUACCCGCGUCGCUCAUGAUCAAUCCGGUAUUACCUGAGACCUGAGCAGAGGCAGGAGGCAGACAAGGUAUAAAAAUACCCAAUGUUGAUGUACAGAUGUUUUUGUGAUAUCUCCGGUAAACAAUUGUAUCUAGAUAUCCCAAUGAACCAAGUAAAAGGAG